UCCUCCUGAUGCUGUGCAAGAUUGGUGUGAGAGGAAAACUGCAGACUUCUCCAAGGAAAAUGGUAAACACUGCUCUGAGUGAUGAGGAGAAGGGCAUUCAAGACAAGGAAAGCAAGGAAGAGUCCAUUCUGGCCAUGCUGGGAAUCAUCGGGACGAUCCUCAACCUCGUCGUCAUCAUCUUUGUCUACAUCUACACCACUCUGUGAGAUCCACUGGAAUUCACUGGAACUAUGAUUCUGGCACGGAAACCAGGCCGUUCCACCAGGGGAUCAUGGGAAUACAGACACUGCUGCGACAGAGUCACACGUCCGGAGGGAAAAACACAGAGAACAGAUUCCCUUCAAACACAGACGAUACCAGGAAGCACAUAAGCUGUAAAUAUGCACGUUAUUUCCAUAUUCCCAUCCGUUUCCGGCAGGCGGCCGUCCCGGAUCCAGCGAAACAGGAGCGUUUCUAUGCAUGGCUCAGUCCACAGGACGUUCUCAUUCAGAUCCACAGUGUUUUUUUUAAUAGUAAACAUACAAUGAUGUUUCUAACAAACUUUUGCAGGCGACACUUUCAGGUUUAUACUGUAUUUAAAACACUGCUGUUUACAAGAAAUAGCUUAUUAUUAGACAUGAGCUUUGAAAUAGAUCUUGAUAUAGACUGAAUUUUGUCAUGAGCAUUUUAAUAUACGGUACACACAUGUACAGCAUUCUGUAGUUUGGCUGUAAAACGUGUGGUUGGGCUAGUUUUGCAGUGCAUUUUAUUGAAUUAUUGAACUAUUUAUUUAUUUUGUGCAAUGCUUAUUGGCAGAUAUUGUUCAGUACUGUUCUGUGCGGGUUAAAGCAGUUUUAAGACAUGUGGGGUGAUUUACCGAAACGUAAUUUUUCGUGAAGGAGUUUCUUAUGUAUGUGGAUUUAAAUAUAUUACUGUUUCCCAUAGUUUUGAACGAGAGAAAUCUUCGUUUACUCAAACAGACGGACUGUUCAUCAGACAUGCAGACAGUGUUGCCUUAAGAAUGACCCACACAUAAUUUCAGAUCAUAUUUAGUUGCACAGAAACAUAAAUACGCAUAUUAUUUUAUCAAUUAAAGGAAAUAAUUUCAUUUAUUUCAUGCAAAUAGUUUUUUUUUUUUAAAUAUAUAUAUAUAUUGUCCUAAUACCAACAUCAUACCGUACUAACGUUAAUGAAAGCACAAGAAGAUUUGCAGAAUGAAUGAAUGUACAUUAUGUCAGUGAAGUAUAUUUCUGAUAAUAAGACAGAAAGCAUAUGAAAUAUAGAUAUCAGUGCGUAAAGUGCCUGUAUUUAAGCAAGAUAUUCUCUAGCCUGUCUGUUUAAAUAAUCUUAGUGUGUGUUAUUAAUACGAAGAGUCUUACAGAAAUGACUGCUUUCCUAUCUUUCAGCUUUUGUUUGAAAAAUCAACGUGAAAUGUAUAAUGACAGCAGGAGAUGAGAAUGGCUGAUCGUCAGAUUGUCAUCAGAUGCUAAAGGAGUCUAUCAUGUCAAAUUAUGUUCGCGUUGGAUUUGAGUUGACUUUAAUUUCAUAUCUACAGGGACAGAACGGUUCAGUAUUACAGUAAUACUCCUUUGUACA